AUGCCCGCUGCUUCUUCCCGCACCUAUUUCAUGGCGGGACUGCUGGGGGACCCCUACGGGCACCAGCCUGUGCCUCGGCUCAUUGCGGAGAAGGAAUUUGAGGCCCUGACUCUGCAGCUGUCAAGGGACUCUGCCCAGCUCCUGACACAGCGGUACUGGGGGGGUGAGAAUGCGCUGCCCACUUGCCAUGGGCUGCAGCCAGCUGACGGGCAGGCCUGGCACGGCCUGGAGAGCCGCCUGGCCCCAGCGCUGCGCGUGGCAGCCCCGAAGGCAGAGAGGUGUGGGGUGCUCAGCCCGGGGCAGAGGCACGGCUACCACACGUCAGUGAUUGAAUGGGAGAUUGAACAGGGUCUCCUCAAAACCCAGGAGAGCAAUCCGGGAGCUUUCAUAUUCCUCAGAGUGGCUGAGGGUUCCAACAGACAAAUUGGUAAAGAUUCUGGGAACCCUCAGGGCAAGGAGAACAAUAAAUACCUGAAACAACUUUGUGAGCAGUUCACUGUUGUCGUUCAUCACCAGGUAGCCCCUCAGCCACUCUGGUUCUCUGACACCGCUGCAACUCUGAGGAAGGGGAGUGAAUUGCCGUUUCACUUAAUGCCGGAUGAACUGGAGCUAAAGCGGGAUGUGCUGGGCAAGGACUGGGCAAGAGGUGGCAUCCAGGGCUCUGCAGAGGCCUGCUUCAUGCCUACAGCCAGAGGGAAUACGAACUGGAUCAGCUGUAAAAUAAUUGCCUCUGGAAUAGAGAGAGUUCGUGAUGACUUUGCCAUGUGCACUGAAUGCAUCAGCUGUCCAGAAUUACGCCUUGUGCAGGAGACACUUCUCCUUCCGCAGCCUGCAGUCAGCAGUAUACACAGCCCUGAUGGAGUGAGCAUAACACAGGCAGAAGUGUGGGCCAGGCUUCUUUUCUUCCUGCCUUCUUACCCGGAGGUAACAGAGAAGCUGUGCCAGCAGGGUUGAAGCGGGUGCAGUGUCUCUCCCUAUCCGGUUCUCGUUCCUCUCUGUGGAUUUCUCCAGCCACCUGGUGGGCCCCUACACACAACACUCACCCGAUUCCUCAACGGUGUCACAGUGAUGGCACUCAGUUCUGAUUACUGGCUGCUGGUGGCAGGUUCCCAGGAUGGCUCAAUGCUUGUCUGGAAUACAGAAGGUUUUGAGAUGCUGCAUGCCCUUCCUGGGCACUCUGCUGAGGUAAGGUGUGUGAAAGUGUGCGGAAAAGGAACCUGUGCUGUUUCAGCUGCCAUGGAUCACAGCCAGCGCAUCUGGAAUUUGAUUUCUGGCAGAGCAAGGUUUGUUAUCCAGGACACACAUAUCGAAGAACAGCCCUCACAGGACCUUCACAUGGAUGAGGGGCACACGACUGUAUAUUCUUCCUCAGAUACAAAGGUCAACGCUUGGCACCUGCAGACAGCAGAACUCAUCUUCCGGAUUUCUGGCGAGGCGUCAGAUGUACGGAUGUGUUCUGUGGUGGGUGGCCCAAGGCUGGUGGUUAUGACUGUGUCUGAGGGAGGAACACGGAGCCUGUGGAACAGCAAGACUGGCGAGCUGAGACCCAAAUGUCAGCUAUCAGGGCUACAGGAAGAAACACUGACGUCCAGUGUUCUGAUCCAGAAGCAAGGGAAGAUGAUAGUGGGAUUUAGCAGGGGAUCUCUAUCCACGUUCUCUUCUGAUGCAAACAGUCUGCUAGAGAAGCUUCCUGGAAGGGUUUGCUCUGUGAUGGUGUCAGAAGAUCAGUCCAUUCUUGCUGCAGGUUCAAUAGCACCCAUUCCCAGGGAAAACAUGUGGAGUUUAUCAGAGCAGGGGUCGCUGACCGACACACUGGGGGGCAUGGGAGCACCAGUAACACUCCUGGCCCUGUGCAACGGCACUUUGGUUCCUGCCUCCCACAGCACACCGUUUCUAGGAGCGUGGGACCUCAUUUACGACCACCAGCAGAAACCCCAGCAGCUGUCCCAAAUACAGGCUGUCCCAUGGGGGGAGCGAUGCAAAGUGUGUGACACGUUGGACACCUCUGCCCAAGUGAGAUGCCUGGAAAUAGCCGAGCAAAACGAGCUCCUUGUAUCGGGAACAGUCCUUGUCUUUCCACUGCGCUCCAGGCAGGAUACAGCACGUGUCCCACCUCCAGAGUCGCAGAAACCAGUCAGCGACGUGGCAAUCAACAAGCAGGAAGAGCAGCUUGCCACGGCACAGGAUGAUUUCGCCCUUAUGCUGGAUAUUACCCCUGCAGAUCCAUGCCCAGUGAUCGACAGGCCCACCCACGCCUUUAGAACUCAGAUCCCUGGCACUCUGAUUUCCAGAGCGGCUGUCCUUGCAGAUCACAGAGUCCUCUAUGGCACAACUAGCAGGGACUUAUUCCUUUAUGACCGCCCUCGGGCCCAAGUGUUUCCUUUGCAAGGUCACAAAAGCCAGAUCUCUCGUUUGGAAAGCAGCCACAGAGAGCAGCGGGCACCCAACGGAUCCAAAGAUUCCUCGCAGGGCCUCUGGGACUUGGAGUCCUCAAAAGGAACACGGGAUGUGCUAUUAUAA